AGGGAGGGACCAGGGGUGGAGUGAAAGACAUCGAAGAAAAAAGGUACAGUUGAGAAUGAAUGAAUUGUAGUACAAAGCAGGGCCAUCCAGGAUGAAACUUAAACAUGAAAAGCUCUCUGUUUUACAUGCACAAUCUGCUUAUCCAUUAGUUGAGGAACUGAAGGACAUUUGCAUCAGUUACCCUAAAACCACAGUCUGUUAAUAAUUGGCCAUUCUUGGUUGGCUCUGAUAUGUUUCAAAGUUUAUUCAUUAUCUAGUUUACUCUCUUGUUUUCAUUCUUUAAAUAAUAUUUGGUUCAGUACUGCUACCUGAGCUUAGUUAAAUAUGGAAGUUUUGAAUUUAAUAUUUAAAAUUUUGCUUUUAUUGUUUUAUUUAAAUUUUUAUUUAAUUAUUUAGAUUUAAUUCUGUAGCACACCAGUCUGGCAUAUAAAGGAGUAUAACUGGCAUAUAAAGUUGCCGCUAAAAUUUAUUGCAUUGAAACUGUCUUUUUCACAACACAAGAGCAUGUGCUUCUCUGCUCACUGCACUAAACAAACAAUAGUAACAGUCAGUCUACGAGGUGAGUUUGAUCUGAAUGUAUGAACUAAGGCCAGUUGAACUGGAUUGGGUGUUGCAGACUUGAAAAUACGUCAUUAGUUUGUUUUCGAUGGGUGUGGAAGAAAAAAGAAUGAACAAUAUUUCAGUUUUUUAAGAAUGUUUCAAACCCGUAACAGUUGACAUUUUCAAAAUAGUUUGUCCUAGCUACAAAUAUAUGCACAUUGGCACUAUCCUUGACACACUACUAGAUUUAUUUGCAUUGGUAAUUGCCGCUAACAUAAGAUAGGCACUCUUUGUAAUUCUCAGAGAUGAUACAAGAACAUAAAUGUAAAGGUUGAGGACAUAAUAUUUAGAUUUGUCUAAUUAAUUGUAAUUGAAAUUAACCUGAAUUUUUUGAAAAGUGUGCAAUAAUAUGAUGUCACAUAUGACAUAUCACACACACACACACACCUCUUAAAUUCUGUACAGGAACAGCUUGGGCAGUAUACUAUAUAUAUCAUAAGUUUUUAGACAUAUAAUUUAGUUUAGACUGUAAAAUUCUUUGUUUUCCUUUAGGGGGGUUUGAUCAGAGAUGACCCUUCACCCCCCCUACCCCACCCCCCACAAACAACCCGUAAUAAUUUGCACCCUGGGCUCAAGUGCUUUAUACCUAAAGAGUCUCAAUUCUUUAUGUUUCAGGGUGAGUUAGUUUCACCUGUUUUGAUUAGGGGGCAGAGCAUGAAUUAACUUAGGUGGAGAAUGUGAUAUUCCAUUCCACUUCUGUCACCACCUGCAGUGUUGGUGAUGUACGGGACUUAUGCAACCAUUACCUCAUUCCAAAGAAGUUCUUUCUAUGACUGUGAAGCUUUUUCUGUCUUUUUUUCCUAGAUGUGUUUUGAGUUGUGUGGGAGAAAUCGGAUUUGUGGUUGAAAGGAAAAUGCAUGCAUUGUGGUUGAUUUCUUUUUAAUUAUUGACAUAUUUAUGCUUUAGAUAAAGUCUUAAAGCCAUUGGUCCAGCCAGAGCUCAGGUGACGCCACAGUGACAGAAACCAACACUUAUUACAUGCUGAUUGGUCACACAAGGUUAUGCCAUCAGCUCUGCCCCAAACACAAAUCUUGCAUCACUUCAUAAAUGGUUUCACCUCUUUCCUUAUAUGGUCUGUACUCUGAUAAGCCAGUUUCUCUCUUCCCCUUUUCCCUGGGUUGGUCAGAUUCCAGGAGUUACAGUUCAAGGUAUAGGCUGCGAUUACUCAUUAACUCAGCUAGCAUGCUAGUUUAGGCCUCUAAUUGCAAAUUUAACAUCCGUUUUUGCAGUUUUCUCCAACUGCAAAAUGAAGUAUUGUUUUUAAAAUAAAGAUACAGGCCUAUUCAUGUAAUGUCGGUCCUCAUAUUGUUCUCAUGGUCUUCAUAGUUCUUAGAGAGGAAAUGUUGUAAACCGUACAAAAGAAAUCAGUUCCUUUAACACAACCUUUAUUGUUCUCCACACCCUCAUGCUGACCCCACUGAGUUCACAUUGGUUCACGAGGGAACAUUUUCCUAUUGAAGGAACUGCAUACUUGAGUAAGCCUGCCAGAGGUCUCGUGUUUCCUUGUGUAUAUUAAGGGUCAAAGGACAAGUUUCAUUAAACUACCUGAUUAAGGGGAGUGUGCCUGAUGGAGGGUGACAGAGUUAAGUGCGGAGAGUGAGCUUGCAUAGGUGUGUGUUGUUAUUGUAAAAACCAAGGGGUUGCCUCUGCCGAUCUGAUUGGUCAGUGCAUGAAGUGCGUGGAAACAAGGUAUUUACAAGUGUUUCCUAUGAACAAUGGUCACCUUUGUGAGUCUUGGCUGAAAGGCAGAGCACACAGUAUGUGUGUGUGUGUGUUUUGGCUGCUUAUCUGGAAUAUUGCCAGGUAAAAUUGAACAGGCUGUGCAGAACGAAAUUCUCAAAACCCACAAAAGAAUACCACCAUUGAAAAUAACGCAUGCAGAGAGCUUCACAAGUGAAUUCUGUACAUUGAAAGCAGUCAUUUUAAAAUAGUUAUUUAGCCUCAUGUGAGUUCACUGUUGUUGACAGUGAAAACUUUUCCUUCUUGACUGUGAAGAAUGUCUGCUUACGUGAUUAUAUAUUGGCACGCGAUAAAUGAUGAAAUGAUGUCUGAAGCCGUAAAAAUCUUAUCACUAUGCUGUACAAAAGGUUUGUGAUAUGUAGUCUGAACAUGCAGCUCUUAAAAAAUGUGAGAGACGGAAAGAUAAACUGUCAUGAAAAUAUGCCAGUUUAUUAUUGGGUUACAUUCACAUCUACACAUUUCUUUACAAACGUGUCACUGUGGCACGACAGGCAGUUUCAGUUACAGAGCGAUCAGGAAAGACAAGAUCAGCCAUCUAUAAAUACUUUACAUGCUGUAUAGUGCACACUGACCACACUGCAUACCAUUUAGGUCAAGCGUUUUGUUGGCUGCUCGAUAUUUUUUAUUGGAAAAAAAUUACAUUUAUUUAAAUAGGACAAAAUUUACAAAAAUGUAAAUUUACUAGAAUGCCUUUGGGUAACAAAUGUAAAUAUAAAUAAAAUAUAUUUUUUUUAUAUCGAAAGAUUGGAAACACUGCAUGGACUAUACAUAAAGCCCAUCAUAAGUAUUAAUCCAUGUUUUAUUUUAAGACUGUAGAUUAUCUCUCUCAUAAAGGUCAAAUUCGAUCAACUAUUUUGAGCUGAAGACCUUUAGAACUAUGACUAUACACUAGACGAUGAUUUGGAGUCAGAGACACGUCAUUAGAUUGGCUGCAGACUUUCCUGCAGUGUCAGACCACAUGUCCUGCUGAAGUCUGGAUAUUCUCUUGAACAGUGGAAACUUUCACCUUUGCAGGCCUCUCUUGACUUGCUGUUAUCUCACUUAUCAGGUCCGAGUGCAUUCCUGCCAACAUUUUUGCUCUCACUGUUGAACUUACAAGCCGACAACCAUCUUAAGUGAAGGGAAUCUUGAGUAUAGUUUGAGAAGCGCAUACAUCUUUGCUCUUUUCUAUGUCGAUUUGUGUUCUUGAUUUUAGAUAUUAUCCAAUUAUAUAUGUUUCUAUUUAAAUAAAAACAUGUAUAAUGGAAAAGUAAAAAAAACAAAAAAAAAACAAUUGCCAUUGGUAAAAUAAAAGAAAUGAAUCAGCUCUGGUGAGAAAAAGGGGUGGGAUUUGCAAUCCCAGUAGAAAUGUUCUAAUUAGCUUUUCACCACACUGAAUGUGAGCCAUGGCAAACUCACUUCCACUUCCUGUUUUGAAACAGAGAUUCCUGGAGCUUUGUGGACUGUGCUGUACAGAGGAUGUAUGCUCUAGACAGAUGAGAGAGGCUAAUCUAAAACAAACACUUAUUUCCAUCUUCUUUGAGCAACAGGAAUAAACGCCUUUUCUUAGGAAAAUGGGUCUGGUGUUGCUGGAAGAAACAGCAGCUGCUGUUUCAGUUAGAGCUGUUAUUGUUACAUCUGUAACUCUCUGUGUGUGUGUUUCUCAAACUUUGAUAUAAUUUUCCCAAAUGCAUCUGCUUUUCUGCAGUUAUUUUAAAAUGUAAAAAAUUUCCCUGAACUGUGUAAAAUAAGUAUAAGAAAGCUGGUCAGACAAGCUUUCCCAUACCGAGAUUUCUACUUGCAUUUAUUUCUUGUUUAGAAUUAUUUUUAGGUCAGCGACCAUUAACCCCUUCCCUCAACUCCACCCUAUUGUAUUUUAAGCAUUUAAUUCAAAAAAGUCAAAUAAAUCUAAAACUGUGAACAAAUGAUUGAAGAAAUACAUAAAACAUUGGCUUUACAAUUAUAAGAAUGAUAAUGAACCUAACCUGUAUUUUAGUCACUUUCAGUCAGAAAAAAUGUCUGCUUAUACACUGUCCCAACUUUUUGGGUCUAAAAGUAAAUGCAAAACUACAACUCUCCUUACAACAGGCCUGCUCAGACAUGACAUUUUUAAAUAUAUUGUUUAAAUAUUUAUGUGAAAGUUUUGAGUACGUAGAUGCUUUAUAUCAAGAUAAUCUAUCAUUGACACAAGUUCAGUGGUGCAAGUUCAGUGCGAAUCAAAUUAUCGCCCAGAAGUGAAAUGUUAAUUUUUAUAUCUCAAAAUUAUUUUUUGUCAUCCUUUCACAGAGACUCACUUCAUGAGGUUGGCGGUCAUGUAUAAUUCACAUUGUAUUUAAUUUCUAAAUGGUUAAUAACUGGUAGUAUUAUAACUCUCUUCAUGUUAUAACUCUCCUCACGCUACAUUUGAGUUAGAUACACAACUGAAAUGUUGGGUGGUUAAAGGACUCGUAAUAUAAAAUAUAUAUUCCUCUUACUCAAAAAUCUUUCAAGGAGGGAAAAAACCCAAAGUAUACUCAUCCUCCCUCCAAAUAAAUUACCCUCCAGCUUUGAUGGCGUGUGCCAAAGGUCACUGUAUGCUUGGUCUCUAAGCACUCAUCCAUUAGGCAGCUCCUCCGCAGUGGAGCACUACACCCAACCCUGAGGUGUCUGCCAGCAUGAGGCCCCUAAAACUGACCAUAAACACUCAAACGAUGAAAUCAUAGCUCGCCAUGAAAUGCGGUAGUCAGAAGACGAGCUUUAUCAAAGACAAAAGAAACGCAUGUGCAAGAAAUGCAAGUGUAUGUGAUGCAAGAGCAAAUUUUAAACAAUUUUAUGCCCUGAGAUCAUACAUUUCAUUCAUGCUUCUCCUCUUCUCUGUCAUCAUUUCCAUUGACAUCUGAUGAUACAUGUUUCUUCUUCCUCUCAAUUGCUCUCUUCACCUGUGCUACAGCCACUCCCCCAUUCAUUUACUGGUUUCUGCAUAACCAGUUUAGCCUCCCUCCCUGUUUACUCUAUAUAACUUGCUGUGGUGGCACUUUAGACUCACUUUUCCUGUCUCGCACACAAACGCACAUUUCCUCCUCUGAGAUCUGUGGGGAUUUAACCAUGUCGCUUGACCAGGAUCUCUGUUACCUCUGCAAGGAAGAUCUCAGGGAGCCUGUUUCCAUCCCAUGCGGUCAUGUUUUCUGCUCCGUCUGUAUCAAUACCUACUGGGACCAUGCAGACCACACUGGACAAUACCUGUGUCCCCAGUGCAGGGUCACCUACAACAAGAGGCCUAAUCCACGCCGCUUUCAGUCCUCACGCAGUUCAUCGUCAUCCCUGAGAAACAGGGAUUCGGACUCUUUCCCACCGGCCCCUCCGGCCCCUGACUACAACUACGCGGGACCUCAAGAUGUUGGAUGUGACAUCUGCAUCGGGAAGAAGCUCAAAGCUGUCAAGUCUUGUCUGAUGUGUCUUGCUUCCUACUGCGAGAAGCACCUGAAGCCCCAUUACGAAUCAUCCACCUUCAAGCGGCACAAGUUGGUCGAUGAGAUCGGACACCUGGAUCGUCAGAUCUGCCCUCAGCACCAGAAAGGUCUGGAGCUUUAUUGCCGGACGGACCAGAUGUGUAUCUGUGUGUUGUGUACAGUGAAAGAGCACAAGGGUCAUGACAUGGUGGCAGCUGAACAGGAAAGGGCGGAAAUGCAGCAACGGUUGGGCGCCACCCAAGCUGAAAUCCAGGAAAAGAUCCAUGACCGAGUGAAGCAAAUGGAAGAGUUGAAGCAAGCUGUGGAUGCACUUAAGAGUUCAGCACAACGGGCCUUGCAGGAGAGUGAAAAGAUGUUCGGUGACAUGCUUCGUUCCAUUGAAAGAAUGCAACAGGAAAUGACCAAACUGAUCUCGACCAAUAAGAAGGCUGCACUUAACACUGCUGAGAGCCACAUGGAGCGUCUGGGACAUGAAAUCGCUGACCUGAAGAGGAGAGACAAUGAGCUGACACAACUCUCUCGCACUGAGGACCACAUCCAUUUCAUCCAGAGUUACCAUAUGCUGAUUGCCCAGACUGAUGCCGAGGAGCUGCCCUCUGUUACUGUGAACCCUUACUUCUCCUUCGGCGCUGUUACCAAGACUGUCUCUGAGAUGAAACAACAUCUAAAUGAGUUCAGUAAUGAAGAGCUGGUCAAAGUGGCAAAGACAGUGAACAAAAUGCCAUUCUGCCAGCUAGAGGACCGUAAGAAGAAAAAGAGUAUGAAGUCUGAUGAUGUUGACAUGUACAAGAGUCCCAGCAGCACUCCUCGGACGAGGGACGAGUUCCUCCAGUAUGCCUGCCAGCUAACUCUCGACUCCAACACAGCAUACAAACAGCUCUACCUCUCCCGAAACAACCGGAAAGCAGCAUUAAAAAGAGACCCUCAGUCUUACAAUGACAGCAACCAGAGAUUUGACUGCCUGCCCCAGGUCUUGUGUAAAGAGGCUCUCUCAGGAGGUGCUUACUACUGGGAGGUGGAUUGGAGCGGGGAGGGCGCUUCCAUUGGGGUCACCUUUAAAAGCAUCAAGAGGACCGGUUAUGGGGACUCAGCUCGUAUUGGCUACAAUCGCAAGUCCUGGAGUCUCUUCUGCUCCAACUCCAGCUACUCAGCCCGACACAACAAAGACCAGGUUGAGAUUAACGCACCCUACUCUUCCCGUAUCGGGGUGUUCCUGGACUGUGCAGGAGGCACUCUUUCAUUCUACAGUGUGUCUGAGUCUAUGUCACUUAUUCAUCAGUUUAAAGCUUCUUUCAGUGAGGCGGUAUAUCCUGGCUUUUGGGUGUGGUAUGAGUCUGCUAUUACUAUUUGUCAGGUGUAAAUGGUUGAACUGGAUGGGAUAUGAGGGCAUUAUUUUCUUUCUUUUUUUUUAAUUGCUUGUGUUUUUUUAAUGAAAGCCAGUUUCUAGUGAAGCUAAUCACAAUAAGUGUAUUUAUACUAAAAGAUUUAAUCUUUGACAUAUCAAAGAAUAUGAUUAUAUAAAAAUAUUUCAACAUUUUAUAGUCAUGUUUUGUCCAUCUAUUUGAUCGCACUGUUUAAUGACUGUGAAGAUUAAUCAGGAUCAGAAACAAAAGCUUUUACAGUAAAUCUUAAGUUUGAUUUAUGUGGGUCGUGUUGUCUGCAUUAAUGAUGACAUAAUAAAAGUCUUGUUUAAA